AUGGGCGGAUCACUCCAAAAUUUCCUAAAAUCUGUCCGCGAUGCUCGCCGGGUUUUCGUACCAAAGAACAUGCUUCGUGAAAACAUAAGAAACCCCUGGGCAUGGCACCACGCCCGCCCACAAACGCAAGCAGUGGAGCCCACCAGGAGAGAGUGCUGCUCCUCGCUAGGGUGCAAGGACGUGGCUACAUACACCUGGGUUGUGCAGAAGAAACGGGCUCAAUCCGCAGCAGGUGGGCGACCGCACUUCAAAAUCAUGGACGACCUGCGCGGGGCGGCUGCAGGGGGGGGCUGUGAUGAUUCUGGCGAAGAUGACGACGGCUGUGCUGUGCCCAUGUAUCGCCUUCGUUUUUUUUCUGUGAAAGAGAAGCAGAUACUGGAGGGCAAUAAGAGGGAAAGGGCCACAGCAAUCCGGAGCAACAUGGGAGCCACGACGAAGACUCGGACAUCAGCGGUAUUGAUCAAGACGAUGAAGAUUUCGAGGAUUUAGAGCGCCUGAACGAUUGCCUGGGUGCCUUCACCAGGGAAGAUGAGGAGGAGGAGGAUGAAGAGACAAAAGAUGAAGAAACGGGUCCUUCUGAACCCAAUCAUCAGACCUAUGCAGCCAUGGCCGAGAUCGUCGUCAAACAGCUCCCGACAGGCGAGAGGGUGGUUGACUUUGUUAGGGAGUGUAUCCGGGCGCAUUGGAUGGGGUAAGUGCCAGAGUACAAGCAGAUCGUCGUAGGUUUACUCGAUGUGCAGGAAGUGAAGGGCGCGAUUCUCGAGUGGUGGGGGGUGCUCGUGGGGGCGCUGGUGGAAAAUUCCAACAGCCGCCUUCGUCGAAAUGGGCACUAGCGUACGAGAAAAAGCGGGAGGAAGAGCGCUUUCCAAAGCAAGAAGAGUCCAGCAGCGAGCCGACCAUCGUCCACAAGGCUCUCGAGCUGGAAGUGGAUAGUCGGCGUGUCGCUCAUAAACUCACUUGCGUGUUCGGGGCCACGACGAGAUGAGUCGUUGACAAGACCCUCACGUAACAGGCGGACGCGGCCCAUCUCGUCAAAGUGGCGUAUCCCGCCGAAGACGUUGAUCGUGACAUUCAUCAACGGCGUCUAGUAUACAACAUUGCGGGGUGGCUUCUGAGUGGCGCUCCUUCACGCGUGGGUAGACAGCGUUCUCUUGGUUCGGCGUUUUUGCACUUCAACAGUCACAAAGUUGCAUCCGCUGAGGAGUUCCGGGAGGCUUACCCUCAUUUCAUCUUGGAAUUCGUGGUCGAGGAGAGAAACAACCCGUGGGAAGGGAAGGGUCUCAUUUUCGCGUCGGCUGAUUUCUUUCUUUUCGUGCGGGCGCUUGAGUCAGGGUAUCGAUCUCCACUGCUCAACCCCGCCCUGUUGGCGACGUACCUGGGUGACUUGGGCCGUCGGAAAUAUACAGGGUGGUUUCCACGGCUCAGCCCGUGAAGGCGGCAUGGGCAAGGUGUGUGGGUAUGAUGGAAGACCCUCACCUCGGGUCCGAUGGGGGAAAGGGGUGCGCAAAGCAAUGUGACAAGCUGUUCGAUUUCGUGUUGAAGAAGCGACACAAUUGCCGCAUGUUCGCGUUCGCGACUGAACUGACGAGGCCUGAAGAAGCGGUGGAGUGAAGGAAGUUCGGGGCCGAUGACCACAUGUUUGUGUGUGGGUGUUUUUUCUUGUCUGGUACCCUCCAGGUAUGGAAAGCUGAUUUGAUAAUCCCUUCGGGUUCGGGUAUACAUGAUAAAUUCCAAACACUCCCUCUGACCGGGGAUGUAAGGUGUUGUCGAUAGUCCUUUCCUUGCCCUUUUAUUUUUUGCGUGAUGCUCGGGUAGGAUAGGCGCUUCCUCAGGAACAAAAAAUCGG